AUGCUUGACGAGAAUCUGCCCACAUACCUUAUUAAAACGACCAAAGAGAAACCGAAGACGCAUUCGACUUUGCUGUUCUCACAGUACGGGAACGAUUUCGAGCCUGCCUAUUCCCUUCGAUACCUCGACCCUGAACAGUCUGCUUCCCGAAAUAGAUAUGCCGCUGCACUAUACGAUGCAUACAAUCCAGAUGUACUCUUUGCGGAAGUGCUUCUAGUUCCAGACUGGACAAAGCCUACACUAAGUCAAGACGAAAUUAGAAGAAAUGGCGGAGUUACGCCUGCUCCGGAGCCCAUCUUACCACUUGAGUUUGCUAUCCAGCUCUACAACCCUGAUCAGCAGAUUGUGGUGAAGCAUAGGCCUGCUUCUAUAACAUCGACAGCCUCCUGGGAGUUUGAAAUACCUACGCAGACCUUUCGCACCCCUUCUCACUCUCAGCUUGACCGCGGUCAAAAUGACCCUACAAUAUCUGAGUUCACACCCAAGCUAGCGUUGAAAUGGAAGAAGGACGGAAGAUUGUCCAAGGACUUGGCUUGCUAUUUAUCAGGCAGGUCGACGAAUCCAGAUGGAAGCAAAAACAAGAACAAGGAGCCUGAUAUAACUAUAGCAAUACUGAAGAACUUGAAGGAGGUCACAAUCUACGAACCCAACAUGGCUCGGGUUGAGGUUGAAGAUCUCAAAGGAUUUGAAGUAGCUUUGCUGCUUGGCGCUGUUGUGAUUCGGGAUGUUUACUUUAACUCAAUGAAGGAGACCUUUAAUCUAGCUGGCGGUAGAAAAGGCAGCGCGACCUCUCCAGUUAAUACACCACCUGCCCUGGCGGCUUCUUCUUCAGCUCUUGCCCAUCAAUCAGCAACACAACCACAAAGCGAGAACAGGAUCCCUCCUACUGAUCCACGCACACAAUGGGAAAUUGAUCAAGAGACAGAGCGUCUUCGACGUGAAGCAGCGGCCGAGGAACGUGCACGAAGAAAACGUGAAGAAGCUGAACAGAAACAGAUACAGAAAAUGCUUGAAGAAGAGGAGAAGGAGAGGCGGCGUAGACAAGCCGAAGUCGACGCCGAAACCGAAAGACUUAAGAAAUUAUACGGACAGCAAGAUAUUCCAGCUAUUCAGACGCCACAACCUCCACAACAUCGACAUAGUGCUUCGUCAGUGUCUGGGUCAGCGUAUGAGGCACAAACAGGAUACCCAUCCGGACCUUAUAUGGCCAGCGGAGCGUCACAAUCGGCGUUAUUGCAGCCCGUCACUCCAAAGUUGAAACAGAAAUCUAGCAUAUUUGGAUUUAGGAGGCAUAGUGAUCAGGACUCCAAUAAAAUCGUGAAGAAAAAGAGUUCGGUAUGGUGA